AUGAAAUCUGAAAUAGCUGAUUUUUAUGCUGGGAAAAAAGUUUUAAUAACUGGUGCUAGUGGAUUUAUUGGAAAAGUUGUUUUAGAAAAAUUAUUAAGAGCAUGUCCAGAUAUAUCACAAGUUUAUUUAUUUUUAAGACCGAAACGUAAUAAAUCAUCAGAGGAAAGAUUACAGAAAAUAUUAGAAAAUUCUCUUUUCAAUAUAAUUAGAGAAAAAGAUCCUGAUCAAUUGAAAAAAGUACGUUUAAUUGAAGCUGAAUUAAAGAAAGCAUCGUUAGAACUAAAACCAGAAGAUGAAGAAUUAUUAAUAAAUAAUUGUCAGCUAGUGUUUCAUGUUGCAGCAAGCGUUCAAUUUGAUAAACAUUUGCAUGAUAUUAGUGAAACAAAUAUUUAUGGGCUAAAAUUAAUGUUGGAUUUAGCAAAACAAAUGGAACAUCUUGAAGCUUUUAUAUUUUGUUCAACAGCAUUUUGUCAAUAUAAGGAUAUUGCUUUGGAGGAGAAAGGUUAUGAACCACCAGUAACAUUUGAAAAUUUGGAUAAAAUUUUAAGUAAUUUCAGUGAAGAUAGUUUAACACCAAUAGAAAAAAAAUUUUUAGGAUUACAUGAAAAUACAUAUGCAUUUUCAAAAGCAAUUGCUGAAAGUAUUGUAGCUGAAUAUUCAAAUUAUUUUCCAAUUGCAAUUGGUAGACCAAGUAUUGUUUGUAAUAUAACACAUGAUCCUUUACCAGGUUGGGUUGAAAGUUUAAAUGGUUUCAAUGGAUUUAUUGUUGUUGCUGGUUUUGGUAUUUUAAAAGUUGUACCUGGUAAUCAAGAUUUACCACGUUGUGUUGUACCAGCUGAUAUUGUAUCAAAUGGUUUAAUUAUAAUUGGAUGGCAAAUAGCAAAAUCUCGAUCGAACAAGAUUCAAUAUUUUAAUUUAGCUGAAGAUAUUGAAUCAGCAAAACAAAAUACUUAUCGUGUUAUAGAUCACAGAGGAUACAAAGCUGCUGGAGAAUAUCCAUUUGAAAUACAAGUUGCACCAUUCGGUUAUCAUAUAAUAGAAAAUAAUUUUAUUGCAUGGCUAGCAGUAUUAUGGUAUCAUCUUUUAUAUGGAAUGGUUUUAGAUGCUUUACUCUAUAUAUUUCGUAGAAAAACAAUGGUGUUAGCAGAAUUAAAAACUGUCUUGAAUGAUGUUGAUGCAAAAACUUUUCCAAUUUCUCCAGAAGAGGGUCUAACAAUGGAAAGUUGGAUGAGUGGUUAUCUUGGAUUUAGAACGUAUGUUUUAAAACAAGAUCCAAAAACUAUUCCAAGAUCAAAAAAAUUGGCAAAAAUUCUAUUUUGGAUUAGAAGGUAG